CAGAGAUACUGCAGCUCUGCUGCCUGCAGCCUUACAUGUGUACACAGCGCCGCCUGGCGGUUACCAGCUCACAGGCUGCUCCCAGCAUGCACCGCGCGCAGCGCCGAACUACAUUUCCCUGAACUCUUUGCGGCGGGUGUGUCCGGACCGCAAGACCCGGAUGUAAGGGCAUAGUAGCCGCCCAAGGCCGGUGCAGGAAGCGGAGUGGCGCGGGUGAGAGACCAGGAAGUAACCGGGAGACGAAACAGACUGACUUCAUGAAGAAUGCAGACUAUAAAGUGUGUAGUCGUUGGUGAUGGAGCAGUAGGAAAGACAUGCCUUCUUAUCAGUUACACCACCAAUGCCUUUCCAGAAGAGUAUAUCCCCACAGUAUUUGACAAUUACAGUGCUCAGAUGACAGUGGAUGGUAGAACAGUUAGCCUUAACCUGUGGGACACUGCUGGUCAGGAAGAAUAUGACCGUCUGCGCACCCUGUCUUAUCCUCAGACCAAUGUUUUUAUUAUAUGCUUCUCAAUUGGAAGCCCAUCUUCCCAUGCCAAUGUAAGGCACAAGUGGCACCCGGAAGUUUCCCACCACUGUCCUAAUGUGCCAAUUUUACUUGUUGGUACUAAAAGAGAUCUUCGAAAUGAUGCGGAGACUAUUAAAAAGUUAAAGGAGCAAAGUCUUGCGCCCACCACUCCCCAGCAAGGAUCAUCACUUGCUAAACAGAUUGGGGCAGUGAAGUACCUUGAAUGCUCUGCCUUACACCAGGAGGGAGUGCGGGAAGUAUUUGCGGAAGCUGUUCGUGCUGUUUUAAAUCCUGUGACAAAGAAAAACACCAAGAAGUGCAUUUUACUAUAGGGGUGAAUACUGACCAUACAAAUGCUGAUUACAGAAAAAAAAAUGAAUGGGUUUUUAGCAUAUCACCUUGGAUGAUAUCCCUUUUAUCCUCAGCUUGCACUAA